UGGAAGGUGCUAUCUUACGUCAUGGUGGAGGGGUUCCCGGAAGCGUGUGUAUGGGAGGCCGGCUAACUGGAGAGGGAGAGCAAUUCACUAGCAUCCUUUUCUCAGGGACAGAAGCUGAAGUACCGGGGCAGAACUGUAUAUGAGCAGACAUGCUGUCCCCGCUCAUACUUUGCUUCUUCUCCCUUACCCUAGCCAGCGCUCUGGCUCAGGUACCAACCAAAGGAGUCACAGCAAGCUUAGCAGCAAAGUGGCCAGCGAGCCCGUUCUUACUGGAGGCCAGCGAGUUUAUAGCAGAAGAAGGCAAUGAUAAAUUCUGGCAGUUUUUGGCAACCGUGCAGGAGCUUACAAUUUAUAAGAACAAAGAUACAGAAUAUUCUUACUACUCCCUGAUUUUAAAGAAAGCAGCCCAGUUCCUGUCAGAUCUGCAGAUCGCACUGCUAAAAUUUGCUUUUUCUAUAAGAGCGUAUUCUCCAACAGUCCAGAUGUUUCAACAGAUUGCUGCUGAUGAGUCCCCUCCGGAAGGUUGUAGUGCAUUUGUUGCUGUCCAUGGGAUGCACACCUGUAAACCAAGUCAGAUUAAGAAACUCCUGAAAGAGGCAUCCGAGAGACCAAGACCUUAUCUUUACAAAACAGAUCACAUAUUUCCAACUCUUAGCAAAACUGCACCAGUAGUAAUUCUGUAUGCAGAGGUGGGCACAAAGGAGUUUGCUAAAUUUCAUAAAACGCUGGCUGAAAAAGCAGAGAGUGGUGAAAUAAUCUAUGUACUUAGGCACUACAUACAGCAUCCAGGUACAAGGAAGGUACAAUUAUCUGGCUAUGGAGUAGAACUUGCCAUAAAAAGCACAGAGUACAAGGCAAUGGAUGACACGAAGGUUGAAGCAAACAAUUCCUCACCAAAGACUGACGAUGGAAUUGCGGAAGAGGUUCAAGGAUUUUAUUUUGAUAGAUUAAUGCAAAUGUACCCAGAUCUGAAAGAGAAUCUGGUAGACUUUCGCAAGCAUCUUAUUGAAAGUACUCAUGAAAUGGUACCUCUGAAAGUUUGGGAGUUACAAGAUCUGAGCUUUCAAGCAGCAUCUAAAAUUGUAUCUACACCUGUAUAUGAAGCACUGAAAGUUUUAAGAGACACGAGCCAGAACUUUCCUAUUAAAGCAAGGUCGCUUACCAGAAUUGCAUUAAAUCAGGAAAUGAAAAAGGAGAUUGAAGAAAACCAGAAGCAUUUGUCAGAAACAUUUGGAAUUCAUCCUGGGGAUGCAAGUCUUUAUAUAAAUGGUCUUCACAUUGAUUUGGAUGUUCAUAAUUCAUUCAGCAUUUUGGAAACCCUUAAAAAUGAAGGAAAAACCCUGAAUGGCCUCUCUGCUUUGGGAAUAAAUAAUGAAGAUCUUAGUAAAUUUUUAAGAAUACAAGUGCACUCAGGUGAUGAAAACUAUGCAUUGGAUAUCCGACAUUCCUCAAUAACAUGGAUCAAUGAUAUUGAGACAGAUCACAUGUACUCCCCAUGGCCAUCGAGUGUCCAAGAACUACUGAGGCCAGCAUUCCCUGGAGUAAUUCGCCCAAUCAGGCGGAACUUCUUCAAUCUGGUUUUGUUUGUGGACCCUGUUCAAGAGUAUGCAGCUGAUUAUGUGAAGCUCGCAGAAUUAUUUUACCGACACAAUGUUCCUUUAAGGAUUGGAUUUGUUUUUGUUGUGAACUCUGAUGAAGAAAGCAACACAGGGGAGGAUGCAGGUGCAGCCUUCUUGAAAGCAUUUAACUACAUAGUAGAAGAAUCUGACAGCGCUCAAGCAUUUUCUUCCAUCAUUAAUAUGUAUAAUAAAGUAGAUGAUGGUGAAACACUUACUGUAGACAUGAUAAAGUCUGUCUUGAAGUAUGAUCUUCCGAAGAUGGAUAUUGAGCAAGUUAUGGGUUUACACUCUGAAUACAGCAACAAACUAAAGGCAGGAGCAACCUUUUAUAAGAAGAGUGGGCUGGGUCCAUUGCCUCAAGUUCUAUUUAAUGGUGUGCCCUUUAACAGUGAAGAGAUGGAUAUAGAAGAGAUGGAGACUGUUAUUCUUCAGAAAAUCUUGGACGCCACAGGGUUUUUUCAGAGGGCAGUGUUCAUGGGUCUUCUCUCUGACCAGUUGGAUGCUGUGGAUUUUCUUAUGGAUCAGCCUAGUGUGGUUUCAAGAAUCAAUCCUUCUAUUCUUACCAGUGAAAAGAAUUAUAUUAAUUUUAUUUCAACACCAGUUGCAGCGAAAUAUACUUUACAUGAGUUUGAUACUUUUUCCUUCCUGGACUCACAAGACAAGAGUGCUGUAAUUGCAGAACACAUGAAAUAUUUAACCAAAGAGGAUGAGGAUGUAAUUCAUGGAGUCACCAUCUGGAUUAUUGCUGAUUUUGACAAGCCAUCUGGUAGACAACUGCUUGCUAAAGCUUUAAAACACAUGCAAAAGACAAGCAUAACAAGACUUGGAAUUUUAAACAAUCCCACUGUUAAAAUGACUGAGGAGAACACACUUAUAUCCAGAGCUUUGUGGGCAUCUCUUCUUACCCAGAAAAGUCAAAAUAUGCUCAAGUUUUUUAAAAGACUUGCAAAGGAGGAAACAGCAGAAGCACUUCUUAAUGGAAGGAAAAUAAAGGAUUUCAUAGUAUCAGAAAUAGAUGAUGAUGCAUUUGAGAAAAAAUAUAAUACAAUGGGAUUAGAUGUGCUUCGUACUCAGGAACUUUAUUGUCGAGAGGUUCUUAAACUGCUUCCUGGGCAGAUGGCUACAGUCAGUAAUGGACGGCUUUUGAGUUCCAUUGACGCAGAUGAAUUUAGCGAGGAAGAUUUUCAUUUACUAGAGAAGAUUACAUACUCUACCUCUGCAGAAAAGAUAAAGAACCUUGUGAAGAAGACAACAACAUUGCCAAAUCGUGCUGCCAGUGAUUUGGUGAUGAAGGUGGAUUCACUUCUCUCAUCUGUGCCCAAAGGGGAGUCGAGACAAGAUGUUAACCUCAUAAAACAAAAACAUAGUUUGGUGAAGGUUGAGCCUGAAGAUGCUGGGCCAUUCUUUGAUGUGUUCGCCAUAGUUGACCCUCUAUCAAGAGAAGCUCAGAUGAUGUCGCAUUUUCUAAUUGUACUUGGUCGAUUAAUAAAUAUGAAAUUGACCAUGUUCAUGAACUGUAAAUCCAAAUUGUCAGAAAUGCCUUUAAAAAGUUUUUACAGACUUGUCCUUGAGCCGGAAGUGACAUUCCUAAGAAACAAUAGCCUUUCUAUGGGACCAUCUGCAAAAUUCUUGGAUAUGCCAGAAUCUGCUCUGCUCACACUGAACAUGAUUACUCCUGAAAGCUGGAUUGUGGAAGCUGUUCAGAGUUCAUGUGAUCUUGAUAAUAUUCAUCUUCAAGAUAUAGAUGGGAUUGUUACAGCAAAUUAUGAGCUAGAAUAUUUAUUACUGGAAGGCCACUGCUUUGAUGUGACUACAGGACAACCACCCAGGGGAUUGCAGUUUACUUUAGGCAUGAAAAAUGAUCCUGUUAUGGUUGAUACCAUUGUUAUGGCUAAUUUGGGGUAUUUCCAGCUAAAGGCAAAUCCAGGUGCUUGGACAUUACGUCUGCGUGAAGGAAGAUCAGAAGAGAUUUACCAUAUAUUUUCACACAUGGGCACUGAUUCCCCAUCAGAUCAAGAAGAGAUUAUUGUCGUACUGAAUAAUUUCAACAGCAAAAUAAUCAAAGUACAUGUGCAGAAGAAACCAGAUCAAAUACAUGCAGAUCUUCUUAGCAGUGAGCCAGAGGAGAAAUCCGGUUUGUGGAAUUCACUUAUGAGUUUCACAGGGGCAGGAAAUAUAGAAGACAAAGAAAAGAAACAUGAUGUUUUAAAUAUUUUUUCUGUUGCUUCUGGUCACUUGUAUGAGCGCUUUCUAAGAAUUAUGAUGCUUUCAGUUCUACGGAAUACAAAAACACCUGUGAAGUUCUGGUUUUUAAAAAACUAUCUGUCGCCUAAGUUUAAGGAAAUCAUUCCCUUUAUGGCAGAGAAGUAUGGAUUCCAGUAUGAACUGGUGCAAUACAAAUGGCCUCGGUGGCUUCAUCAGCAGACUGAAAAACAACGAAUAAUAUGGGGUUAUAAAAUUCUUUUCCUGGAUGUUCUUUUCCCACUUGCAGUGGAUAAAAUUAUCUUUGUUGACGCUGACCAGAUUGUCAGAGCAGAUUUGAAGGAACUACGGGAUUUUAACCUUGGAGGAGCACCCUAUGGCUACACUCCCUUUUGUGACAGUCGUAAAGAGAUGGAUGGGUAUCGUUUUUGGAAAUCUGGAUAUUGGGCAUCACAUCUGGGGCAUAGAAAAUAUCACAUUAGUGCAUUAUAUGUUGUUGACCUGAAAAAGUUCCGAAAGAUUGCUGCAGGAGACAGGCUUCGUGGGCAGUACCAGGCUCUUAGCCAAGAUCCAAACAGCUUGUCUAACCUGGAUCAGGACUUGCCAAACAACAUGAUACAUCAAGUAUCCAUUAAAUCUCUUCCACAAGAAUGGCUGUGGUGUGAAACAUGGUGUGAUGACAAGUCCAAGGAGAAAGCCAAAACAAUUGACUUGUGCAACAACCCCAAAACUAAAGAACCCAAAUUAAAAGCUGCAGCUCGGAUUGUCCCUGAAUGGACAGAGUAUGACACAGAAAUAAGGCAGCUGCUAAAAGACAUCGAAGAGCAGAGUAAAAAUAUAACUGCAUCCUCUGGAAAUGGCUUGAAACACGAUGAACUAUAGCGUUGGGCAGUAUCAGGGACAACAGUGGGGCCUACUUUAUCUUUCUGCAAAGACAUUUCAGGGAACAAAAACCAAUAACAAAAGGACUUUGUUUCAUUGGAUGUGAUGGAACGUUCCACAUGGAUUAUUUGCUUAACAAGCUGAGGAAGAAAAACAUUGCAGGCUCACCCAAGCUAUUUUUACAGAGCUAGGCAUACAUCUUUUUCUACUUCUAUGUUGGCACUGGUUUGUAUAAAAUGGGAGUUAUGAGGAACUGCAGCUCUUUCCCGCUACACGGUCAGUUUCUAGUUUAACAGACUAAAGCACAUAAAUUAUAUAGAGUGAAUGUACAAUUUUAUUUCUACACCAGAAGUGGUGGUUUCAGAACACCAUGCACUUUGCUUUCAGCGUGCAGAGACAUCUUUGUUACUUCCGAAGUAAAAUUGGUUUCUCCACACGGUGGGGGAAGUGAGGAUUAAUAUUGUACAUUAUUUACCCCAUUUCUUUUAUAUAUGUAGAGCAGUCUCUGUGUCAGUGUCCCCCUGUCCAUUUUUAUACUCAUGGUCCUCUGCUUCUUAGACAACAUUGCUGAUGUUUUGGGGGUCAGGCACAAAAUGUAAAGGCAGCAGCAGUGGUGCUGUUUUGUAAGGCAAGUACUGUAUAUAUUGUUAUUAAAAUAACUGCAUUUGUUGAUCUUAUUUAUAAAGCUUGCCAAAACAUGGCACUGAAGGCCAGAUCAAAGUGCCCCAGGCUUUUUGUAAGUAAAGGGGUCUAAAUGGCUUAUGAUGACUUUGUCUUCAAAAAUACACUGCUUGUUCAUUUUAGAGCUUUUGUUUUCUAGUAUGUUAGCUGUACCCACCAAAUUACAUAUUUCCUUCUGAAUGUGUCACAUCAUCCUUUAUUUUCAGGGACAGUCCCUAGUGUUCCUAGAAAUGUGCUUCUUUUUUAAAACGGACCAACUGCACUACAAUUAGGAUAUCACUUCUCUGUGUCUGUAGUAAUUUUGUAACCUAUAUUCAAAAUGUGUGUAUAAAAGACAAUUAUGUUUGUGUGAUCAUUAAACGUGUCCUAUAUAG